AGACUCUUCCUGCUCUGCCACUGACUCACCCCAUUGACCUAGCCUGCAUGGCUUCCCUUCUGGUUGCUCUCAGAUGCACAGAAUGCUGGGCUGCCCAGGAUGAUGUGAGGCUGAGCUGACCAACAGUGGGUGGGAUAGGGGAAUGAGCAAACGUUCCUGUCUGUUUGCCCCUUCCCUGAGCGGAGGCUAAUUCCAAUCCACACUGCCGGAGAUUGCUCUGUCCUGGCCUGCGGAGGCUGUCCACCAGGAGGUGCAUUGGAGUGACUGUCUGGUAUCACCAAGAUGACACUCCAAGCCCCCCGGGCGGCUGCGCUUCUCUCUUGGAUAAACAGUCUGCGCGUGGCUGACCCUGUGGAGGCUGUGCCACAGCUCCAGGAUGGCAGCAUCUUUGUUAAGAUCAUUGACAGUCUCCACAGCACUGACGAGGGGCAGCAGAUCCUGCAGCAGCCGGUGCCAGAGAGAUUGGCCUUUGUGUGCAGUUUCCUGCAGAAAAACCGAAAACACCCUUCUUCUGUGGAAUGUCUGGUGUCUGUGCAGAAGAUAAUGGAGGGAUCAGAGCUGGAACUAGCCAAGAUGACCAUGCUGCUCUUAUAUCACUCCACCAUGAGCUCCAGAAGUCUCAGGGACUGGGAACAGCUCGAAUAUAAAAUUCAGGCUGAAUUAGCUGUCAUUCUUAAAUUUAUGCUGGACCAUGAGGAUGGGCUAAACCUUGAUGAGGACCUAGAGAACUUCCUGCAGAAAGCUCCUGUCCCUUCCGCCUGUUCCGUCACAUUGUCUGAAGAGCUCUCCCCGCCCAGCCACCAGGCCAAGAGGGAGGUUCGCUUCCUAGAGCUACAGAAGGUUGCCUCCUCUUCCAGUGGGAACAACUUCCUCUCAGGUUCCCCAGCCUCCCCCAUGGGCGACAUCCUGCACACCCCGCAAUUCCAGAUGAGACGGCUGAAGAAGCAGCUCGCAGAUGAGAGGAGUAACAGGGAUGAGCUGGAGCUGGAGCUGGCGGAGAACCGCAAGCUCCUCACCGAGAAGGAUGCUCAGAUAGCCGUGAUGCAGCAGCGCAUCGACCGCCUGACUCUGCUCAGCGAGAAGCAGGCGGCCAGCCCGCCGGAGCCCAGGGAGCUCGAGGAGCUGCGAGGCAAGAAUGAGAGCCUCACCGUGCGGCUGCAUGAGACGCUGAAGCAGUGCCAGGACCUGCGGACGGAGAAGGGCCAGAUGGAUCGCAAGAUUAACCAGCUUUCCGAGGAGAACGGGGACCUUUCCUUCAAGCUGCGGGAGUUCGCCAGUCACCUGCAGCAGUUACAGGGUGCCCUCAACGAACUGACAGAGGAGCACAGCAAGGCCACUCAGGACUGGCUGGAGAAGCAGGCCCACCUGGAGAAGGAGCUCGGCACAGCCCUGCAGGACAAGAAAUGCCUUGAAGAGAAGAAUGAAAUCCUUCAGGGAAAGCUUUCACAGCUGGAAGAGCAUCUGGCCCAGCUGAGGGAGAACCCACCCCAGGAGAAGGGUGAGGUGCUGGGUGACGUCUUGCAGGUAGAAACUCUGAAGCAAGAGGCCGCCUCUCUUGCUGCACGCAACACCCAGCUCCAGGCCAGGGUGGAGAAGUUGGAGGCUGAGCAGGGCCAGCAAGAAGCACAGCUGCUUGCUGAGCGGGGCCGCUUUGAAGAAGAAAAGCAGCAGUUGGCCAGUCUGAUUGCCGACCUGCAGGGCUCCAUCUCCAACCUCAGCCAGGCCAAGGAGGAGCUGGAGCAGGCCUCCCAGGUUGAGGGGGCCCGGCUGAGCGCCCAGGUGGCUUCUCUGACCUCAGAGCGCACCACACUCCAGGCCACCCUCCAGCAGCAGGAUCAAGAGCUGGCCAGCCUAAAGCAGCAGGCCCAGACGGAGCAGGCCCGCCUCACACAGCAAGAGCAGACUGCCCAAGGCCUCCGCCAGCAGGUGGAGCAGCUGAGCAGCAGCCUGAAACAGAAGGAGCAGCAGUUGGAGGAGGCCGCUAAGGAGCAGGAGGCAGCCCGGCGAGAUCAUGCCCAGCAGCUGGCCAGAGCUGCCGAGGAGCGAGAGGCCCACCUAAGGGAGCGGGAUUCGGUUCUCCAGCAGCUGGAGGCACUGGGACAGGAGAAGGCUGCCGCGCUCGAGACGCUGCAACAGCAGCUGCAAGCUGCUACUGAAGCCCGGGAUGGUGCCCUGGCCUCGGUGACACAGGCUCAGCAAGAGAAGGCAGGGCUGAGCCAAAAGGUAGAGGAACUCCAGGCUUGUGUCGAGGCGGCUCACCGGGAGCAGCACGAGGCCCAGGCCCAGGUGGCAGAGCUCGGGGCCCAACUGAGAUCUGAGCAGCAAAGAGCCACUGAGCACGAAAGGGUGGCCCAGGAGAAGGGCCAGCUCCAGGAGCAGCUGCGGGCCCUGGAGGAGGCCCUGAAAGUCACCCAGGGCAGCCUUGAAGAAGAGAAGCGCAGGGCCGCCGAGGCCCUGGGGGAGCAGCAGCGCUGUGUCUCUGAGCUGAAGGCAGAGACUCGGCGCCUGGUGGAGCAGCAGCAGCAGGAGCGCAAGGACCUGGAGGAAGAGCAGGCUGGGCGCAGGGGGCUGGAGGCCCGAUUACAGCAGCUGGGGGAGGCCCAUCAGGCUGAGAGUGAGGCUCUGCGGCAGGAGCUGGCGGAGGCCAAAGCCUCCCAGCGCAGGGCUGAGAGUGAGUGUGAGCAGCUCGGCAAGGAGGCAGCCGCCUGGCGGGUGCGCUAUGAGGAGAGCCAGCGCGAGGAGGCGCAGCACGGCGCCAUGUUGCAGGAGCAGCUGGUGACCCUGAAGGAGGAGUGUGAGAAGGCCCGCCAGGAGCUGCGGGAGGCGAAGGAGAAGGUGGCUGGGAUGGAAGCCCAGAGCGAGCUGCAGAUGAGCCGGCAGCAGAGUGAGCUUGCCCAGCUGCAUGCCAGCCUGGCCAGAGCCCACCAGCAGGUCCAGGAGAAGGAGGGCAGGGCCCAGAAGCUUGCAGACGACCUCUCCGCUCUGCAGGAGAAGAUGGCUUCCACCAGCAAGGAGGUGGCGCGCCUGGAGACUCUGGUGCGCAAGGCCGGUGAGCAGCAGGAGACCGCCUCUCGAGAGCUGCUCAAGGAGUCCCCGGGGGCAGGAGACAGAGAGCCCGAGUGGCUGGAGGAGCAGCAGGGCCGGCCGUUCUGCAGCACACAGGCAGCGCUGCAGGCCAUGGAGCGUGAGGCAGAGCAGAUGGGCAGCGAGCUGGAAAGGCUGCGUGCCGCACUGAUGGAGAGCCAGGGCCAGCAGCAGGAGGAGCGCGGGCAGCAGGAGAGGGAGGUGGCACGGCUGACCCAGGAGCGGGGCCAGGCCCAAGCCGACUUGGCGCUGGAAAAGGCAGCCAAGGCGGAACUGGAGAUGCGGCUGCAGAACGCCCUCAAUGAGCAGCACGUGAAGCUUGCUGCCCUGCAGGAGACGUUGGCCCGUGCCGUGGCCGAGAAGGACGACAAGGACAAGGAGCUGGCCAAGCUGCGUGGGCAGGAGGCAGCCCAGAGAACGGAGCUGGGGCAGCUUCAGCAAACUGUUGAGCAACUGAAGGAGCAGCUGGCCAAGAGGGAGAAGGAGCAGUCCUUGGGGCCGGCCAGUGGAGAGGGUGCUUCCAGCUCAGGUGCUGCGCCUCAGGCUGCCGGAAAGACGGAAGCAGCAGGCCCCGAGCUGGAGGCGCUGCAGGCAGAGGUGCGUAAACUGGAGCAGCAGCGCCAGCUGCAGCAGGAGCAGGUGGACGGCCUGGCACACAGCCUCGAGUCCGAGCGGGCCUCCCGGGCUGAGCGAGACCGGGCUCUGGAGACGCUGCAGGGCCUGUUAGAGGAGAAGACCCAGGAGCUGGGACGUAGUCAGGGCUCCUUAGCCUCGGCCCAGAGGGAGCUGGCCACCCUCCGUGCCAAAGCCCAAGACCAUAGCAAGGCUGAGGAUGAGUGGAAGGCCCAGGUGGCCCGCAGCCAGCAGGAGGCCGAGAGAAAAAACAGCUUUAUCAGCAGCUUGGAGGAGGAGGUAUCCAUCCUGAACCGCCAGGUCCUGGAGAAAGAGGGAGAGAGCAAGGAGCUGAAGCGACUGGUGAUAGCCGAGUCCGAGAAGAGCCAGAAGCUGGAAGAGCGGCUGCGCCUCCUCCAGGCUGAGACAGCCAGCAGCAGUGCCAGAGCCGCUGAGCGCAGCUCCGCCCUCCGGGAGGAGGUGCAGAGCCUUCGGGAGGAGGCGGAGAAGCAGCGCGUGGCUUCAGAGAACCUGCGGCAGGAGCUGGCCUCGCAGGCGGAGCGAGCCGAGGAGCUGGGCCAGGAACUGAAGGCCUGGCAGGAGAAGUUUUUCCAGAAGGAGCAGGCCUUGUCCGCCCUGCAGCUGGAGCACACCAGCACCCAGGCCCUGGUGAGCGAGCUGCUGCCCGCGAAGCACCUCUGCCAGCAGCUGCAGGCCGAGCAGGCAGCCGCCGAGAAACGGCACCGGGAAGAGCUGGAGCAGAGCAAGCAGGCAGCCGGUGGGCUGCGGGCAGAGCUGAUGCGGCUGCAGCGGGAGCUCGGGGAGCUGGGGCCCCUGCGGCAGAAGGUGGCGGAGCAGGAGCGCGCAGCCCAGCAGCUGCGGGCGGAGAAGGCCAGCUAUGCUGAGCAGCUGAGCAUGCUGAAGAAGGCCCACGGCCUGCUGGCAGAGGAGAACCGGGGGCUGGGCGAGCGGGUCAGCAUUGGCCGGCAGUUCCUGGAAGUGGAGCUGGACCAGGCCCGGGAGAAGUACGUCCAAGACUUGGCUUCUGUGCGGGCCGAUGCUGAGAGCCGCCUGGCUGAGAUGCAGCGGGAAGCCCAGAGCGCUGCUCGGGAGCUGGAGGUGAUGACUGCGAAGUAUGAGGGUGCCAAAGCCAAGGUCCUGGAGGAGAGGCAGCGGUUCCAGGAAGAGAGACAGAAACUCACUGCCCAGGUGGAGCAGCUAGAGGUAUUUCAGAGAGAGCAGACUAAGCAGCUGGAAGAAUUGAGUAAGAAGCUGGCUGACUAUGACCAGACCAACAAGAUGCAGCAGCAGAAGCUGAAGGCUUUCCAGGCCCAAGGAGGCGAGAGCCAGCAGGAGGCCCAGCGCCUCCAGGCCCAGCUGGCCGAGCUGCAGGCCCAGCUGAGCCAGAAGGAGCAGGCAGCUGAGCACUACAAGCUCCAGAUGGAAAAAGCCAAGACCCAUUAUGAUGCCAAGAAGCAGCAGAACCAAGAGCUGCAGGAGCAGCUGCGAGGCCUAGAGCAGCUGCAGAAGGAGAACAAGGAGCUGCGGGCUGAGGCAGAGCGGCUGGGCCGUGAGCUGCAGCAGGCUGGGCUGAAGACCAAGGAGGCUGAACAGACCUGCCGCCACCUCACCGCGCAGGUGCGCAGCCUGGAGGCGCAGGUCGCUCACGCAGACCAGCAGCUUCGAGACCUAGGAAGGUUCCAGGUGGCAACUGAUGCCUUAAAGAGCCGUGAGCCCCAGGCUAAGCCCCAGCUGGACCUGAGUAUUGACAGCCUGGAUCUGAGCUGCGAGGAGGGGACCCCCUUGAGUAUCACCAGCAAGCUGCCCCGUACCCAGCCAGAUGGCACCAGCGUUCCUGGAGAGCCAGCCUCGCCCAUCUCCCAGCGCCUGCCCCCCAAGGUAGAAUCCUUGGAGAGCCUCUACUUCACCCCUAUCCCUGCCCGGGGUCAGCCCCCCUUGGAGAGCAGCCUGGAUUCCCUGGGGGAUGUCUUCCUGGACUCGAGCCGUAAGACCCGCUCUGCUCGCCGGCGCACCACGCAAAUCAUCAACAUCACCAUGACCAAGAAGCUCGACGUGGAGGAGCCGGACAGCGCCAACUCGUCCUUCUAUAGCACGCAGUCUGCCCCCGCUUCCCAGGCUGGCCCGCGCGCCGCCUCCUCCACCCAGUCUCUGGCCCGCCUGGGCUCUCCUGAUGAUGGCAACGCAGCUCUCCUCAGCCUGCCUGGCUACCGGCCUACCACUCGCAGCUCUGCUCGCCGCUCUCAGGCAGGGGUGUCCAGCGGGGCCCCUCCAGGAAGGAACAGCUUCUAUAUGGGCACUUGCCAGGAUGAGCCCGAGCAGCUGGAAGACUGGAACCGCAUCGCAGAGUUGCAGCAGCGCAAUCGAGUGUGCCCCCCACACUUGAAGACCUGCUAUCCCCUGGAGUCCAGGCCAUCCCUGAGUCUGGCCACCAUCACAGACGAGGAGAUGAAAACUGGGGAUCCCCGGGAGACCCUGCGCCGAGCCAGCAUGCAGCCGGCGCAGAUCGCCGAGGGCACCGGUAUCACCACCCGGCAGCAGCGCAAACGAGUCUCGUUAGAGACCCACCAGGGCCCUGGCACUCCUGAGUCUAAGAAGGCCACCAGCUGUUUCCCACGCCCCAUGACUCCCCGGGACCGACACGAAGGGCGUAGACAGAGCACUACUGAGGCCCCCAAGAAAGCGGCUGCGGCUGCUGUUAAACAGGCUGACCGGCGCCAGUCAAUGGCCUUCAGCAUCCUCAACACACCCAAGAAGCUGGGGACGAGCCUUCUGCGGAGGGGGGCCUCCAAGAAGGCCCCAGCCAAGGCUUCCCCCAACACCCGCAGUGGAACCCGCCGCUCUCCACGCAUUGCCACCACCACAGCCAGCACCACCACCACCGCCACUCCUCGGGCCAAGGGCAAGGCAAAGCACUAAAGGGCCAGCACCAGUGAGCGGUCUCACCUGUGUCCCUGAUGCUGCCCUCGCCCAGGCUUUCUCCUCCUGUCCCUCUCAGUGCCUUCUCUCAGCUCCCAGGCCAGUGGUGGCCAAACCCUUGGAGACAGUGAUGCCUGCUUGUACCUGGACCUUCGUGGGCGCCUUCUCAGAGCUGGCCUGGGAGGCCUGGCGCUUGGACAGCGUGGGCUCUCCCUACCUUGCCUCUUGAUUUUUUUUCUUAGAGCAGAGCGACUUCUCCGUCGCAACCAGAUGAUGCCUGGGCCCAGCCAGUCUUCCUCUCAGCCUCUGGAUUUAGAAGGGACCAUUGCAGCAGCAAGCUCUGGCUCCUGCUGCUCCUGGUGGCUGCGCCCAGCAAGGGCGGGCGCUUAUGAAGCCUAGGACUGGGCACAAGCUGUGGGAGCGCCCCCGGCUGCCCACGUUCGCCCAAGGACAUAGUUGCCCAGAGGAUGCUGUCUUCCAUGACAGAGGGGCCCUGUGUCUCGGGGUGGGUGGUGUGGGGGCAGCCUUCAAUGGCAGCUCACGCCAUACCUUCCUCAGACCUGCACUGGGGUGGGAUUUGGAGUGAUGGGAAGGUUUUUAAGGGCCAGGGAUGGAUCUUUUCUAAAUGUUAUUACUUGUAAAUAAAGUCUAUUUUUCUCCCUUGA